GCUGUGCGGGUGCGGCGGUUGGCGGGUGCGCGGGCCGGCCGGCAGCGCGUGCGGCCCGUUGCGGUGACCGUUGGCCCGUGAGGGGUUUCCUGGGAGUCCGGCGGAGAGAGCUAUUCCUGCUGUGUUGCAGACAACAAACAAGAAGGAGUUUUGGUUAAGCUCCCCAGGGAUACAAGUUAAAAGUGUAAAUUUAAGAGAAUUGCUGUAAUUUACCCAGAAUCCAAAGAAGAGUUAAAGCUUAUUCGCAGAAAGCUAAAAGAAAAAGAAAAAAAGCAAAGCACAUAUCAUUAACAGGUGACUGGUAGAAGAGAGAGUGACCUGUUCCUGACUAUGUCGAGGAGAAAGUUGGAGAAUAAAAGCCUUUCUGGCUUGUUAGCCACAUCUCUGCAGACGCAAAUCAAGACAGACAAUUUCCACAAUUUUUAUAUGCUUGAAUCAAAAGAGCUAGGAAGAGGAAGAUGUGCUGUGGUUAGAAAAUGUAUAGCUAAAUCCACAGGCCAAGAGUAUGCAGCUAAAUUUUUAAAGAAAAGAAGAAGAGGUCAAGACUGCAAAGCAGAGAUUCUUCAUGAAGUUGCUGUACUUGAAUUAAUGAAAUCUAAUCCUCGCAUAGUUAAUCUCCAUGAAGUCUAUGAAACAGCAAAUGAAAUCAUCUUAGUAUUGGAAUAUGCUGCUGGAGGAGAAAUAUUUGACUUGUGUGUCCCAGACCUGGAUGACAGAAUUGGUGAAAGGGAUAUUAUAAGGCUUAUAAGACAAAUACUUGAAGGACUUUGCUGCUUGCAUGAAAACAAUAUUGUUCAUCUUGAUUUAAAGCCUCAAAAUAUUUUGCUGAGCAGCAUCAAUCCUCUUGGUGAUGUAAAAAUUGUAGAUUUUGGUAUGUCUCGGAAGCUUGAGAAUUCUAGUGAACUGCGGCAGAUCAUGGGAACAACAGAGUAUCUAGCUCCAGAAAUCUUAAACUAUGAUCCUAUUACCACAGCUACAGAUAUGUGGAACAUAGGUGUAAUUUCAUACAUGCUGCUGACGCAAGAAUCUCCAUUUGUGGGAGCUGAUAAUCAAGAAACUUACCUUAAUAUAUCUCAAGUUAAUGUGGAUUAUUCAGAAGAAACAUUUUCAUCAGUUUCACAGCCUGCCAAAGACUUCAUUCAAAAACUUCUCAUUAAAAAUCCCGAGGAAAGACCCACAGCAGAGGCCUGUCUUUCUCAUUUGUGGUUGCAGCAAGGGGAGUUCAUACUGUUGUGCAGCCCUGAAGAAACUUGUUGCUCUUCUCUGAUGCCAGGACACACAACAAAAUGCUCAGAAGAGCGGAGUGUAAAAUCCAAUUGUAAUGGUACCUGUAGCCACAAGGAAGACAAAGAAAACAUUCCAGAGGACAGCAGUACAGUCUCCAAACGUUUCCGUUUUGAUGAUUCAUUGCAGUAUCCCCAAGACUUCAUGACAGACUUCAUAUGUUAAUAUGUAAUACGGACUUUUAUUAAAUGAAUUUAGCAUAAUCUAUUCCAGUGGUGAAUAUAAGAUUAUGGCUUGCCAGUUUAUGCAGCAUUGCAGCAUUGGCAUACUGGAAAUGCACUUUGAUUCUUUUAUGCUGGUGCUUCCUUUUCUAUCCAUUGCUGGCAAUGGAUUUAACUCCUGAGAAAUUGGAGUUGUUGCACCAAUAAAAUGAAUUAUUUUUUUUAAGAAGAUAUAAUUAAAUAUUUUUGCACUUUUCAAGUUUUAAUCCAAAAUUGAUGCCAGAGUGAACAAAUUAAAACCUGAAAAUGAGUUUGUUUAAACUCAAGCUUUGCCAAACAGUGGCUGAAUAUGAGCACGUUUUUAUGACUAGCCUUAAUAAGAAAUUGGUCUAAGCAGGGAAACGGAAUCUAGUUGUCUUACUGGGCUUCUUUGUGACCAUUCUCACUGCUUUAAAUGGAAGCUAAAGUUCGUAUGUUUUGGGACUAUGAUACAUCUGUUGGGGCCAUUUGUAAAACUGCUUUCUCUCUAGGAUCAUUAAUAGUUAACAAGUGUUUCUGCCUUAUAGAUCUGGUCCACUUCGGCAUUAUAAUGCAUACUCUGUGUUUUUCCUGUGCUGGAUCUCUGGAAUGCUUGAAUAGAAAACGGGUAGACUGUCAGUCCUUGCAUUAGUGGUCCUUUACUUCUUAUCAGGAAGUUAUAUUUGAAGAGGGUAAGGGUCCCGUGGUCAUGUAAAUAUCUGAUGCACUUGUUAGUUUGCUUUCAUCAAACCUCUGAAAUAGUGUUGUCUACCUGUAUUGACCUAUUCCUCAUCUUAAAAAACCAAAACCAAACAAAGCCAAAUCACCAAAAUACCCCAAACCAAAAAGCUUCCUUAGAGUUAAAAGUAAUAACUGAAUAAACUGAAAAUAACCAUUUUUGCCAGUGAAGCUGCAAUUAAAAGCUUUUCAUUAUGCCCCUCUAAUGUAGAAGUGCAUCUUCCUGUCAGUUAUUGUUAUCCGUGGUAAUUUAGCUUCAUGCCCGCUCUGAGAAAUGGACUGCAGUGUGUUAGUAUUUAAAGACAAACUACCUAAUAAUUGUUUUAAGCCUUAAAUUUGGGGUUUUUAGUGGGUUUAUUUUUUUUAACUUCGUUCUUCCACUUCCUGUUUCUAGGCUCUGAGGAAAUAAUGCCUAUGUUAAGUUUAGACUUAGAGCAAAUACCAAUCAUGCCAUAACAGCCCGAAACUAAUACUGACAAGAUAAAAUCCUAAUUGUAACACUCGGGCUGGAAGUCUUUUUGUGUAGGGAAUGUAUUAAAACUCUUAUAAAUAUUUUGAGAGCAAAUGGCACUUAAAAAUACUUUUGGGUUUUUCCACUCCUCAGAGCUUAGUCUUAAUAGUCUUGGAUUUGGUUUGUUUUGUAUAAUAAAAUAUCACAAUCAGUGUGCCUGUGGACUUGUCAAUAGUUAGGCAGAUUGAGGUUUAGGAACAACAUUUGAAUGAGAGGUGAACAUAAUGAGUGGUAGAAAGUUGUAUUCUUAUCUUUCUUUGCACAAGACAGGAACAGUUUCGUGGGUUUUUUAAAAUAGAUUUCAAUAUAAGGUAUCACCACAAUGCAUGGGGGAAUUCUGGACUAUUGUCUUUAUUUUGGGUGACACUCCUGUCAACAAGUGAGAAGUUGAUUGAGGUGUAAGGCAUAUAAGGCUAUCUUUCACCUUAUGUUUGUCAGAAGAAGUUGUUACAAUCCAAUAAAAAUGGAAAUUAUGUUGGUUAGAUUUCAGAAAGGGGAGGUGACAUUUCUGAUAGACAAUUUACAUCUAAUUCAUUGUUCCAUCUCACCUAUCUUACUCUUGCCCAUUUUAAUUUAUUUAUUUAGAUUAGUUGUCAUGAUUUUUUGAGUUGUGAAUAAGAAACGCUAGGCCCAGAGGUUAUCAGUCUUAAUGAAAGUUUUAAUUGAAGAGCUAGAUUAGCGCAACCCACUAUCAGUAACAACAAAUCACAGUUAAAACAACAACCAGUAUCAUGCGAAUAUAAUGAUGACCUAGCACCCAUUAUGCUGCAUGUCUUACACCUUAGAAUAAAUGUGAGAUUAAAGGAUACAGAAGCGAACAUGGUCAAGCAUCCUUGGCCAGGAAGUAUUCACUGCACUAAUGAAUCGCUUCACCUGCCCCAGCCAGGGUACAGCCCUAUAAGGAUAGCGUUGCCUACAUGCAGCCAGACAGUGAAUUCAAAGUUGGUAUUUUGCUUUGUGGUUGCUCCAGUGCAGUCUGCAUCCUGGCAGCCCUUCGGCAGCCUGAGUACAGACAGCUAGUAGUAACCUUGUCAUAUGGGGUUCAGAUGCAACAGAAGUAAAAGUUUUCCAAGACUUAACGUCAUGUGAAAUGAAGUCACAGAUAUAUUCAGUAUGGAUGAAGCUCAGAUGCCUAGGUAUAAAUGAACCACACUGAAUCUCCUCUAUGUAUUAAUUCUCAUGUAACUUUUUUCAGUGAUACUGAUAAUAUAUAUAAUUAUAAAAUGACUUUGCUGGAGGCAGUUGUUGGAUUGUGUUCAGGUAUGUUAUACCCUUACUCUUCAAAGUCCUUGGCUUUUCCCAGUUGGAGUCUUAACCUUUUGGGUUUUUUCCAUCAGCAUGGAGUCUAAUUUGAACCGGGUAAAUGAAAAAUAUGAACUAUUUUAUGUGUACUCAGAAGUUAAAGUUCACUUAAGAUAAAGAAGAAACUGUCAAAAAGCUAUAAUGGAUAAAGGUAGAAAAGAAUGUUUAUAAAAAUUUUAAAUAUUAAAAUUCUGCAAAAAUAUUACUGAACUACAACAGAAUUACAACUAGGAAGCUUGUGAAAGUCUUUGUACAUUAGUAUUCUAUUUUUAACAUCUGGAGAAUAAAGCUGAAAGCAUAUGCCAGCACUUUAUGACAAAGUUGUUAUUCCUUAAGAUUUUUUUCAUGGUAUCUGAUGUUUACAUUUCUUAAAACUUUUGGAGCUAACUUAUCUUUAAAUUUAAAUACAUGAAAAUUGGUCUUAUCCAAGGAACUUAAGUUUUGAAGACUUUAUUUGUACUUUAUGUAAAAUUUAUGAAUCAGAUUUUGUUUGGAUCAGUGCAUUUGGUUUAUUUAAAAAUACUAUUGUGCAUGCAAAACUUCAAUUGAAUGUAAAUACAUACAUUGUAGAUGAUUAUUAGCCCGUCCUGCUUCUUGCCAUAUUACUGGGAAUUACCAAGUGUAAAUGAGUGAUGAGUAACAUUUUAAGAUGACUGAAGUCAUAUUUCUAUGCAGUUCAUGACCUUUUUAUAUUAAAAUAAAUAAAUACG